AUGCUCACCAUCGGAGCCAUCCUACUCAUCGUCUUCUUCGUCUACGAAUGGAGAUAUGCAAGAUCCCCCAUGAUGACGCGUUCGCUUCUGACCAAUCGUACUUUUCUCCUAUGUGCGGGUAUCGACUUCAUCGCUUUCUUGGCCUCCAACAUGCGAAGUCUCUACUGGAGUAGUUAUGUCUACGUGAUUACAGACUGGUCCAUAGGAAAUUGGAACAGAUACUCCAACGCCGAGACUGUCGCUCUGACCGUGUUUGCUUUGCUAUGUGGCCUGCUCAUUCGGUGGACCCAUCGAUACAAGGGAUAUCAGAUCGUCGGUCUGGCCGUCCGGAUUAUCGGAAUGGGUCUGGUCGUACUCGCUGGUAGCAGAGAUACCGUCAACAACGCUGUCUUCGCCUUCAUCCCUGUGCUUAUCGGAUUCGGCUCUUGGAUGACUGUCGGAGUAAGAGUAGCCUCUCAAGGCUCAGUACCACAUCAGGAUCUUGGUCAGGUGAUGGCCAACUUGGCCCUUUGGACCCGUAUCGGCGGGGCUAUAGGAAGUGCCAUUGCAAGUUCGACCUGGCAAACUCAUAUGCAAGCGAAUAUGAGGAAGUUUGGCGUACCUUCACAAGACAUCUCAUCGUUGUAUGCCAGUAUCAAAACGGCCAAGACCAAAUAUGCUUAUGGAUCACCAGAGAGACUGGCCGUGGUGAGAGCAUACAACACAACUACUCGACCACUUUACAUCGCGGGUGCAUGCACUUACGGAGUGUCUUUGCUAUGCACCGUACUCAUGCCUAAUUUCUAUAUUGGUAAAACCCACAAUACUGUAGAAAAGACCGACAUAGCCGGACGGGUCGUUGAAGAUGACAAACCGGUGACACAUGCCGAGAGAGAGGCGUACAGGAAAGAGACAGAGCAGCUUAUUGGUAAGAGAACGUUGGUGCAACGUGUCAAAGGUUUGUUUUUCGGAUCGGAGUAG